AUGGAGGGUGCUUCAGUAAAUUUUACAUUUGAAAACCACCCUGUAAUUGCGACUCUCCGCAUGAAAGGUAUUCCUCGACGUAAAAAGCAAUAUAAAGCGGGAGAAAAUCCUGAUGCGGCUGAAAAAGAGAAAUAUUCAGAGCAACAACUUCAUCAAAUAUAUAAUAAACUUGAAUUGUCAAGUAGUAUGGUUGCAGCCUUCAAGGAAGUAUCAUACUAUAGGCAUUUCGAUCAAGCUCGUUUACAAAAAUUAAUUCAACUUCAAGUUAAUCACCCUCCAGAAAUUUUACAAGCCAUUCCAUAUUACAUAUUGCAUGCAGCUAUAUCAUAUUGUUUUCAACUCGAAGAGGCAUAUAAUGAUUCAGAUCUUGUUUUAGUACUAAAAUCUUUGAUUUAUCUCAGCCGCCAUUCACAAUUGGCUACAGCAGAUAACAUGAUUUACUUUCUAAUCAGGUUCGCAUCAUACAAUGCUCUUGCGAUCGAUACAAAAUCAGUUUUAGAGAUAAUUCAAAUUUUUAUUAACACAAAAAGAAAGGCAGACCCCAAACUAUUCUCAGCAUUAGUCUAUUGGACCUCUAACAAUAGAUCUGCGCCAAUAGUUCAAAGCUGUUCAGAACAAGUACUGAGUUCAAGUGUAAAAAUCGAAAGUGCGAAUAUUGAUACAGAUACAAUGAUUCUUUUAUCAUUUAUCGAUGAAAUGCUUAAGAUAUACCCAGAUUCAAUCACAUCAGAAGAUGCUACAUUAUUAUUUUCGCGAAUAGAAAAAGUUUUGAAAAAAUUACAACCAUUUGGCAUUUCUAUGUUCUCAACAAUACAACAAUACUUACCACAAGAAAUUCUCGAUAACUUUUACAAAGGAAUUCCUCAAGAUAUCGUAAAUUAUAUUCAUACAAAAGGAUAUAAGUAUCCUAAGAUCGAUUUAUCACUAUUUCCUGAAUGUGUUAAGAUUAAUACGCCAAGAUUUCCUUCAAUUUGCCACAAUUUCCAUGAAAAUGUUGAUUUUUCUAUCAAAGAAUUGGAAAAAUUCACAUUCCCUACUACAGAAUUGAAUCCACAACUCAAGAUAUACUCAAAACUCAUUUGCGAAAACAAUUCUAAAGCAGUUGGAGAAGCAUUAACAGAAUCUCUACCAAAACUCGCUCAAAAGAAGAUUUUUUUAGAUGCUGUAGAAUGCUACGUACAAUUAUUUAAGAACGAUGAACCGUUCAAGUACUUUUUGAAUGAGUUACUCAAAACUCAAGUAUUUGAUCCGAAAAUCACGAUUUUUUCACCGAAGAAUGAUGCUGUAGAUGCUGUAAUUAAGGUCAGGAACCUAAUCUACGCCAACCUUUUUGAUAAUGGCUCUGUAAUUUUGUCGGAUUUUGCUCGAAAUUUUGUUGGCUAUCCGGAUAUGGCCGCUGAAUUCUUCAUAAGAAUGACGAGUGCCCUGGAAAACCACCAAAUGUCAUCGAUACAUUUCCUCGUUCUCCAGUCAAUUGCGUUAUUAUUCAUUCCAUCGUACCAAGACGCACAUUCCAAAGCAACUGACCCUGAAAUACGAUUGAGCAUCGAAAGGGCAAGACUCGCCAUGGUCAACUUUUUCGUCUUGUCGAUGAAAAACUGCGAAUGUUUCGAUGUUUACACAACUACGGACUUUUUGUCACUUUUCUUUUCAUUAGUUUACGAAGAUUUCUUUUCUGACGUAGUUAUCGACAGUGUCUUUGAACACUUCAAGAAUCCCAAUGAUGAAUUCUUGCAGCAGAUCACGACAGUACUCAGUUUUUCGAUAACUUCAGGUGAAAAUUACACAGAUAAGAGAUAUGUCAACUUAACACUCAAAAUCUUCAGAAGAUUAGUAGAGAUCGAUGCAUUCGAGACAUCCUGCAUGGGAGAAUUGAAAGAAAAGCUCAUGACAGUGAUCAGAUUGUCAUCAAAUGAAUUUCCACCGGAAUUCAUCAUUCUUUCUAUCAAAUUCUUAACUCUCAUGUCAUCCUACUUCCCAAUAACAGCCGCAGAUGCCAAUAUUCUCAGUAAAGCGAUAUCAAUAACUUUUGAAGACGAACCAAGCCCUUUAGUGCAUAUGGAAUUGGUAAAUCUUCUUGCUGGUAAGCAGUUGCUCGCGUUAUCACCCGAUUUCUUGAUAAAACAACCUUCAGCUUUGCCAAUUUUCAUAACAGCCUUCAAGAAGUCGUCGAGGUUAAUGGGAAACCUCCAGUUUAUCGAGCAAUUAUGUAUAUUCUCAAGCACAAACGCCAGACAGUGCCAAAAAGGAAAACUUGACAUAGCUUUACUAGAUUUGAUCCAAGAGAACCCUUCUGACAAGAAAACCGUAAAGCUUAGCCUCAAUUUAAUCGGUCUGAUCGCUAGUGUUUCGAGUUCUCGAACUGCUGUCCAAAAAUUUAUUUCAAUGUUUUGUCCGAUUGACAGUAAAUACGUGAAUCCGUUACUUGAUGAUGCUGUUGAUGAGAUGUCUACCAUUCUUUCGAACGGCCAUAACAUUCCAAGCGGAUAUCUCCCAGUAACUAACAAAGAACCAUACAUAAGCAUCACCGGUCUUAAAUCCUCCGAUUUUAUGCAUGGCUUCUCCGCAGGCUUUUGGACUUUUGUCGAUUCAGGGAGCUCCAGGUCUCUUACGUCAUUGUUUUCUUUAUCGGACAAAAAUUCCAAAAUAAUCGACGUUUCGGUUGAAAAUUUCGGAAUCGUUGUUCAAUUAGGAAAUCAAAUCCAGACAUUUCCCAAUUGCUUAAACAGUGAUAUUUGGGUUUUCUUCGCUUUGACAUUUGAAAAUUUGUCAAAAGGUUUACAAACAGUAGUAAAACUCUAUGUAGAGAACCGCCAACUGGAGCAAACCUUCGACGAAUCCUUUGAAAUCGAGAACGGCCAAAUGAUUUGUAAUUGUGGAUAUCCAUUUGAACCACGACAAAAGAAUGAACAUCCCGUCUUACUCGGCCCAUUCUUUUUGUCACCACCAUUACAAUGGAAACAGUUUUACUCGAUAGAUACAAUAGGAACACACGGAACAUUUGAUUUAGCUUUCUUUUCAGUACAUCCUGAAGUAGAAAACUCCCUUUUGAACCUAAGAACAAAAAAGGAUUACUCGUCAAGAGCUAAAAUAAUUGGUCCGGAAAUCUUACAAACACCAACUUUUCAAGAUAUAUUUUUGAGAAGUUAUCAGGUCACUUCACUUAUCCCUUUAUUUGCACAAGCCAAUUUAAGUGAUAGUGUCAGAGUUCUUCCUAUUGUCAGACUGAUCAAGAAAGUCCUUGAAAUAUCCAAUGAAGCACAAGCAGAUUUCGAAAAAUACGGCAGAUUUUCAAUAAUCGCGUAUUUACUGAAGAGUUUCGAUAUCGACAUUUACCAAGAAUUUUACCAAGUAUUCGUCAAACUCCAGAACAAACAGAUCGGCCAGAAAUUGUCAACAGAAAUACUGAUGAACAUUAAAUUGCUGAGUUUGGCUCCUCCUGAUUCACAAAUUGGAAUUUCUGAACAUUGGCUGAACAUUAUUUUGCCAUCUAUCAAAGAAACACUUAAAAAGAAGAGCGAACUGAGAAUAUAUUUGUUACCUUUCGUUGAAUACUUCCAUAAGAUCACUCCGAAAGCCAGAAUGAAUGUAAUAAAAUCAUUGGUUUUCAGAGCGGAAUGUCAGUUCACUCAUGAAGCAUUUUUAGAAUUAAUUAUGCAGACAAUACAAUCAAAAGAUGAAGAAAUCAAUUACGAAUUGUUGUUGCUUAUAUAUAAUAUCGCUUGUUCUGAUAAACAACCUUUUAAUCAGAUAGGAGAUAUAACUCAUUUGACAACAAUUCAUUCUUUACUUUUGAAGAAAAGUGUCAGAAUUUCAAUUUUACUUUUAGACACAAUUUUUGUUUUAGUACAAACAAAUGUGUUUAGGAACCAAUUAUUGAUAUACUUAGAAGUAUAUAAGAAUUUUUUACCCGUUGACAUAAUGAAUGAAGAAUUAUUGACAGGAAUAAUGACAAGAUGCGUUGAUCAACCUGAUUAUCUUUCUAUUUGUUGUUAUAUAAUGGCAAUGAAUCCUUCUUUGGAACAGACAUUUGUAUAUUUGAUUCCUAAGAAAAUUGACAAUUAUUUGCAUGCAAACAAAGCUUGGCCACUUUGGCCGUUCAUCGCUGCAGUGAAUUGUAAAAAAUCUGCUUCAAUUGAAAAGAUUUUUGAGUUCGUUUUGGAAGCAUCACCAAAGAAUUGGAUAACUGAUUACGUACUAUUGGAAAUUGCUGUAAGAUUAUGCCAGACAAUGAAUACAAAAUACCAAACAAUUUUCUUUAAUGUAAUGGGCCAAUAUUUGAAGAAAUUCCCUGAAAACGUGACAGUUUUUGAAAAUCUUUGUUUCGUUUUCAUUUUCACGAGAAGGGAACAGACUCAUAACAGUGCAUUGCUAUCUGUAAUAAGCAAAUGUCCUUUGAAUCUCGUGGACAAAUCAAAUUUAGUUUUGCCACAAUUAAAUGUCAAAUUUGAACCUGACAAAUUCAUUCAAUUUUUGACAAAAUUUGAGAUUUACAAACCAUUUACAUAUGGAUUGAAUUUCAAUGAAAAGAAUUUAUGGGAAGAUAUAUCUUUGGCCAUGAUUUUGAAUGAAUUUACUUCAUCACAAAAUUUGGAAAAACUUAUUUCACUUCUAAACAAUCGCCAGAAGAAUAUUGAUUACACAGGACCUGUUGAACUUGUUAUGAAGCAAUACGAAGACUUUGUUAACUCAGUGAGUGUAGAAUUCUCGAGAUUGUGCAGUUUCAUUUCGAAAUUCCUUAAAAAAGCACAAGAAAAAACACUUAAAUUCUCGAGAAUUCAUUUACCAAAGAUUCCUGAGAUAAUUUCGAGUAAUUUACUUGUUUCUCAACAAUGGAAGACGCUUUGGACACAACUAACAAUAGAAUCAGCUCCUUGGGCAUCAUCUAUCCAACAACCAGCAAUUAAACAUUAUAAUCUUGACCCAGUUUUGUGUUACGGAUAUUGUCCGAUGAGAAUGAAAGAGAACAAACACUUCAAUGACCACAGGGAUGCAUCAUUAAGUAGGGAUUACGGAUCAGCAUUGACAGCCAAAUCUAAAAUAGACGAAUACAUGAAACAGCUCCAGGAAAAGUACGAAAAAGAAAGUCCACCUGAAAUUUUGCAAGUUUUGUCACACAGAGAUUCAGCUUUGUCUAGUGAUUCAGGACCUGUUUUACUGAGAUACAAAGGAACAUUGGUCAAACUGACUUACGAAUGUCCUUGCGAACUGAUCAUUGUUGAAGGCGGAUUGAGAAUAGACGUCGAAGGCGAAAACAAACAAAAAACAAUUUCAAUUCGCUCUAAUUCCGUCAAAAAAGUAUAUUUCAGACCUUAUUUGCAUCAUCCAACCGGUCUAGAAAUAUACUGCCAUGACGGAAAGAGUUAUUUAUUGAAUAUGACUGUUAAUUCAAUGUCUAUUCUCAAGAAAAUGGCGAGUUUCGAUGGCUGGCAGAAGACAAUGAUACAAACAAUUCCUUCCAUUAAUAUGAUUGCUACAAACGGAGUUACAGAGAAAUGGGUACAAGGAAAGAAAUCGAAUUUCUCGUAUUUGAUGUAUUUGAAUCGUAUAAGUGGUCGAACAUUUAACGAUUCAAGUCUUUAUCCAAUCAUGCCGUGGAUAUUAAGUGAUUACGAAUCAAGUAAAUUGGAUUUAGACAACGAGAAAAACUACAGAGAUCUUUCAAAACCAAUCGGAGCUCUCGGGGAAUCGAGAUUGAAAGAAAUCAUUGAAAGACAGAAAAGUUUGACAGAAUUCGGAUUGAUUAAUUACAUGUAUUCCAGUUGUUAUUCAUCGCCUUUGACUGUAUUCAUGUGGCUGAUGAGAAUGGAACCAUUUACAACUCUUCACACUCAGUUGCAAAGUGGAAAAUUCGAUCACGCUGCAAGAUUGUUUAUUUCUGUUGGUGAUACAUGGAAAAUGGUCACUUCACAUAUGAAUGAUUUCAGAGAAUUGAUACCUGAAUUCUAUUAUUUGCCGCAAUUUUUAGUGAAUGAGAAUCAUUUCGAUCUUGGAAAAGUUAAUGGAAAAGAAGUAAAUGAUGUAAAACUUCCAAAUUGGGCGAAAUCUCCUUUGGAUUUCGUUUACAAGAUGAGACAAGCUUUGGAAAGUGAUUUCGUAUCAAGGAACUUAAAUAAAUGGAUUGAUUUGAUCUGGGGAGUGAAUUCUUGUGGAGAAGGAGCUGAAAAAUCAUUGAAUACUUUCGAUCCAAACAUGUACGAGUCUGCAUGGAAUAAUGAGACAUUAAAUGACCCUGGAAAGCGUUCAUUGAUUGAAGCAACAAUGAAACACUGCGGACAAAUACCUCAGCAGUUGUUUAAUAUCCAACAUCCUUCUAAAUCUGCAACAUACGAACUCCGCCGUGAAAUUAUUUAUGAUACAAAAAUUGAUCCUUUCGCUGCUGUUUCUGUUGUAAGAAAAGCCUUCAUUUUCACACAGCAUGGACAGAUUUUGUGUCAUGAUGGCGGCGAAUACAAUGCUGUUGAAGUUUCCAGUUUGUCUUUCCAUCCAAGUGAUGAUUCUUCUCUUCCUAUGGUUACGUUUGGAAAAUCAAUUGCUAUUGCUGCUCCUCUUGGAUAUAUCGAGAUUUUCGAUACAGAAAAGAACGAAUCCAAGAAAGUUUUCGCACACACAGGAAAGGCAACAUGCAUUGAUAGUUCCACGAGAUUAGUUUGCAGUGGAGGAAGUGAUUCAACAUUAUAUUUGUUCGACCAUUCUAUGCAGAAUUCCGGAAAUAUUCCUUUCUUCAGAGAAGAAGUUGUUGAUUGCAGUAUUUGCGAUGCUUUCCACUUGGCUGCUGCUAUUACUCGCGAUGGAUGUUUGUUUGCUGUUGAUACUACAAGAGUCAUUGUCAAAUUCUCUUUGACUGUUGAGUCUCCAAGACAUGUUGUUGUUACUCCUGCAUGGGGAUUUGUUGUUGUCGUCUCUACAACUCCUGAUGACACAACAGAUUCUGUCGCUGUUUACACAUGCAAUGGAGAAUUAGUUACACAGGCAAAGACAGCAAGGAUAUCAAUGAUAAAGGCUGUGAAGGAUAGAAAAGGAUUCGAUUACUUGGUUUGGUCUGAUGAAAGAGGAGGAAUUAGAGUUGUUGAAGCUUAUCAUGCAGAAAGAAUGUCUGAAACAAGGCCAAUAAAGAUGUUAGGUUCUUUGAUUUCGCUUCAUGAUAUGAAUAAUAAGGAAAUUGUUGCUGUAACGAAACAUGGCGUUGUAGCUUAUUUACCUGUUGAUUAUUUAACACAUUGA